AUGGCAGAAGAAAAGAAACCAGAGACAAAAGAUAGAAAGAUGAAUAAAAUUCUUCUCAUAAUUAACUGUUUAUUAUUAGCCUUAGGAAACUCCGGUGGUCCCCUCAUAAUGCGUCUCUACUUCAUCCACGGCGGCCACCGCGUCUGGCUCUCCAGUUUCCUCGAAACCGCCGGCUUCCCUAUAAUGAUCCUCCCCCUCACAAUCUCAUACAUCAACCGCCGCCGUAUCCACCAAAAUCCACCACCAUCAACCACCGCCCAACCGGCUGCAAAGCUAAAAAUAAUCUCCAUGAGACCUCCUCUUUUCUUCGCGGUAGCUUUCGUCGGGAUCCUCACCGGCCUCGACGACUAUCUCUACGCGUACGGCGUUGCUCGGCUUCCAAUUUCCACUUCCGCGUUAAUAAUAGCUUCUCAGCUUGGUUUCACCGCGGUUUUCGCUUUUCUGCUUGUGAAACAGAAAUUCACUGCUUUCUCUAUAAACGCCGUCGUUUUGCUUACCGUUGGAGCUGGGGUUUUGGCUAUGCAUACCUCUGGAGAUCGACCUGCUGGCGUUUCUACGAAGCAAUAUGUUAUCGGUUUUCUCACUACUCUGGCUGCUUCUGCAUUAUAUGGAUUUAUUUUGCCUUCAGUUGAAUUGAUUUAUAAGAAAACCAAACAAAACCUUACUUAUUCUCUUGUUAUGGAAAUUCAGUUCGUUAUGUGUUUAUUUGCUACUCUCUUCUGUGCAGUCGGAAUGAUCGCAAAUAACGACUUUAAGGUGAUUCCGAGGGAGGCCAGGAAUUUUGAAUUAGGGGAAAGGACUUACUAUGUGGUGUUGGUGAUGAGUGCAAUGUUAUGGCAAGCGUUUUUCUUGGGAGCAAUUGGUGUUAUUUUUUGUGGUUCAUCUUUAUUGUCGGGUAUUUUGAUUGCUGUUUUUUUGCCCGUGACUGAAGUGUUGGCGGUAAUUUUUUAUAAAGAGAGAUUUCAAGCUGAGAAAGGGGUUUCUCUUGUACUUUCUCUUUGGGGUUUUGUGUCUUAUUUCUAUGGUGAGAUUAAACAAGAUAAGGAAAAGAAGAAGAAACGUGCUAUGGAGACAGAGAUGGGGCAUAGUCUUGAAGUACUACCUGCUCCAUGA